AUGUUUGUGAAAUUGCAUUUGAUUGACAUUCGCAAAAUGUCAAAGUAGUUGAAUAUUUGCAUUUAUAAGAUUACUUAGUAUUUUCGACAGCAUAGAGUUGCAAUUAUUAUGCCUAAAAUGUUUACAGACAUUUGGAUAUACUCAUAUAAAUCGCUUAUUUAGAAUGUUUUGUUUAAAUAAUUUUAACGCCAAAUUCUUUAUUGUUUGUUUUAAUAAAGCAUUUGGUUAUAACUAGAUUUUAAUUGCGCUACUUUUAAUAAUAAUAGUUGGUACUUUCUGAAAAGAGUUGCUACUUUCUGAAAAGAGUUGCGGCUUCCUUUUUCAAAGAGUACUGUUUUAUAUUUUACCAAAUCAACCGCGAAAUGGAAUAAGGAGAAUGAAAGACUUUUGUGGAUGCUCCAAAAUAACAAAAUGCAAAAAUUCAACCGAAUGAAAAAUUAGCAAAUUUGCAUAAUUACAAAGUUGAGUGCUUAAUAAUUUGCCAUUUAUUGAAAAUAAAUGGUUUUGUGAUUAAAUAAAGUUGGAGAAGAAAUUUCUCAGUAAGCUAUAAAGUGUGUGAAAUUUUAGUCACGUCGUCGGCCUGGAGCUGCAUGCAGCAGAUAUGUAAAAAAUAUUCGCGGUAGCAGAAACCUAAGCAGCGCCUGAAGCAGCAGCACAGUGUGGUGUAUUGUAUGUGAUAUGUGGAGUAGUGUUGAUAGAAGCAAGGGAACAAAUAGACGAGAGAAGGUGGUGCGUGUGCGUGAGUGCGUUUACUCUUGCAAUAAAAGUAGUGGUAAAGCGAAUAAAAGACAAUUGCGCCAAUGGUAUAAAGAAAAGGAAAAUAGUUGCAUGGAAGGAAGAGAAAACACAUUAAACAAAAAACAUUUUGUUCAACUAAUUAAUUAAUAUUUAUAAAUAUAUUUUGAAUCAAGAUAGUAGUAAAAUUUUAACGUAUUCCAUGUACACAGGCAAUGAAUAGUCACGUUGCUAGGUUUAUUAAUGUUGCUCACCAUACUUUGGAAACUUUAUAACUUUACAAACCUCAGUUGAAAUAAAAUAAUAAUUCGGUCGAAAUGUCCGAAAUGAAGCGAGUUUCAUUUACAACUAUAAGUAGUACAACUUCGGUAUCCAACUUCGGAGCUGGUGGGAGUGCUGCUACCGGUGUUGUAGGUGCAAUAAGCGGCGGUGCUUUAUCAACGAAUACUUCUCGUUUCGGUGUUGAUUUUUUUUCUGGUCAACCAAAUCCAGAUGAGUUAAACGUCACGGAUGCGCACUCUGAUCGCAAAAAUAAUAAAUCAAUGCGACUUACAAUAGAAUUGUUUCCCACAGAUUCUUGCAAGUAUCCCGAAUUCAAUUAUUCCAGACUGUUGCAUUUAGAAAAGAAAAAGCAGAAAAAAUUGAAACAAAAAACAAAUGGUUUCUCUGAUCCGUUCAAUGACAAUGACGAUGAUGUUGCUAGAAUUGCGCGGGAAUUGGAAAAAAAAUACGCUAGUGCGUACAGUAGCGGUCGCGGUCGUAACAAAAAAGAUGACCUCUGCGAUAUUGGCUUAGGAUACGAUGAAUCUGACUCUUUUAUAGAUAACACAGAAGCCUACGAUGAAAUUAUUCCAGAAGAAUUGGAAACAAUUGAAGGUGGCUUCUACAUCAAUUGUGGCCCUUUGGAAUUCCAAAAACUUCACACUGAAUCGACGACUACAAAAACGGACGAAAUUAUAAAAAUGCCUACUCGACCGAGAAAGCGCAUCAUAUCCUCAUCUUCUUCGGAUAGCUCGUCCAGCAGCGAUGAAGAUGCCGAAGAAGAUGUAGAUUCAGAUGGUGAAGUGUCCAGUGCUGACACAGUAAAGGGCAGCAAAAAUGGUAGUGCCAUAUCGCAACCUGAGGAAAAACGUCCCCGCGUCAAUUCAACUGUUAAUCCGACGAAAAAACCAAAGACCAACCAGGAGUGUAAUACUAAGAAGGGGAAAAAUGUCAAAAAUACUGGAAUCGGUAGUUCGUCUACGUCGAACUCACCCAAACCAUCGUCGGUGGGUUCGGAUUCCGAAAAAGAGCGCGGUCGACAAAAAGUUGUUAAGACAACAACAAUCAAGGAUAUGCUCAAAGCAAAACGUGACAAUUUCCUUAAAAUGCAAGAAGGCGGAAAUAAUAGUCGACAAAGUGGCAACUCUGAAGGAAAAGCAAUUAACGGCGAAUUGAAGGCAACUGCUAGUAAGUCAUCCGAUGAAGACGAUUCCUCAACUAGUGGUGAAUCGGACGAAUCCAGUGAUGACAGCGACUCCCACGAUAGUGAACCACAAGAGAAGAAAGCGAAAAAUAGUAUUGGGGAAAGCACAGAAAAAUUGCGCACCAGCGAUACUAAGCUUCCAGACAUCGAAGCUGAAAUUAUUACGGAUGUUCAACAGUUUAAGGAAAUCGUAAAAAUGAAGAAUAUGACUGGAAAACGUUUCCAGUUUGACGACUCGCUAGUCGAAGUAUUUUUAAAAAUCGAUGAGGCAUUGUUAUGCAUCGAAAAGAAUCAUAGAAAUAUGGUUUUUGCACACUUGGAGUAUCAUCUCAUACUGCCUAAGUAUUUCUUCUUGCGCAAAGCGAAACAGUUGCGUAUUAAGGAAGAAAAAAUGAAAAGCAAAAGAGCCCUUUGUAAGUUACGUAAGGCCAUCAUUGAAGCAAUGCCUGGCGUUAUUGCAAAUUUCGAAGGAGAAAUACGAAAACAAGCUGAAAUCGCCAUUAAUACAAAUGCAGAGCAUCCACCAAAAAUGCCAAAAAAGAAAUUCCCAUGGAAUAGCAACUUACGAAACUUACUUUACGACGUAUAUCAAGUACGUUGGACUUCAUAUCCAGUGCUGGGCACACGAAAGGAGACGCUUGAGGAUUUCAUCAAUGUAUUUUUGCGAGAAAAGGUCGUAGAACUGUGGCCAAAAGAUUGGAUGCGUCUCGAAGAACUACAACGCGAGAUUGAAAAACGUAAGACGGCAGCCAAAAAGGCAAAAGAGAAAAAGAAAGAAAAAGACAACGGUAGCAAUUCCAAUUCGGGAAGCUCCACAGUAGCAAAUAUGACUGCUGGGUCGGGUGCUUCGAGCGCUGGUACACAAAACACGCCUGCCACUAACGCUUAUAUGAAACAGUUUGAGGAAUUCGCUACAGGCAGCCGUAGCUCAUACGCUAACUCCGAUACGGAAUCUGUAGCAAGUAGUAGCGCCUCGAAUAGUUUAAAACGCAAGAAUGGUGGAAAAUGUGCUACCAAAGCAGCUAAACCACAAACACAAAGUAAUAUAUCCAGUACCAGUAGCACCUAUGACAACAGCAAAAAACCACAAUUGCCACAGCAGCCACCUUCCUUUGCUCCUGCUACAACAAAUUUAGAAUUUGGUAUGCAAAACGUUUUGAACAGCAACACCGCCAUCACCUCAGCUAAAGCAUCUAGCGCCAUUCUACCACCGUUACCGAUCCCAACCAGCGUCAGCCCAUCCACUCAAUCAAUGUCAUCUCAACCUAAACAUUCCAAAUCUGGGGAGACAAACGUACAAGUUAUAGAUUUAGAUAACUACCGUUGUCCCAGCGAUAUAUUGCUGACGUCUCAAAAUAUAUUGCGACCGGGCAAUAGUAACACUACAACAACGGGUAUGCCCAACACAAAAACUGCCUUAGUGCUAAAUGCACCAAAUCGACGAGAGAGCAGUAGUGAAUCGGAUGGCGUGGAGAUCGUUAGUAUCUAUCCCGCUACUGUUAGGGCACAGGUGGGGCCGUCACAAAAACAGCGAUACAAGAAAAAUUCAGCUUCGAACUACUCAGUGGACAACAUGAAAAUGAAUGUAUUCCAAUCUGGUUCGUCCACCUUAACAAACAAUAAUAAUAAUAAUAGUAACACGAACAACAAUAAUAGUCAAAACAUAAAGAGUAAACAAAUAGAGCCGUUGGUCGGAGUUUCAAAUUUUGAAAAGCAAGCUGUUCGAACAUUUAAAGAUCUCGGGGAUUUGCAAAAACAAAAGACUAAUCUAUCAUCAACACAAAAUGGGUCGAAAAAAGAUCACUGCGCUCAAUGACCCGCAGUAGUAUUUGAUGCAGCCGAUUUAAGCAAUAUUUCGGCAGCUGCGCUUUCGUGUUUCGCGCAAGCGCAGUCUGUAGCGAACGAGGGGUUCUUAACGACUAACACUGUAACUGGUAUGACGAUGGGCAAACACCCAUUUGGCGCUUUGCCACCACUGCCAUUAUUUUUACCAACACAUAUGGAAGUUCCACAACUACCACCACCACCACCGUCGUCUGCCUCGGCAAAUGUGCCAGUGGCGUUGAUACAACCGCCUUUACCGACAAUUGUAACAUCUCCGCCGUCGUCAUCAACGCUACCACCAACAAGCCAACAAUCAUCAGAUUCGCAGCAAAUACAGUCGCGAAUUAGAUUUUAGUAUUUAUAUAAAUGCAACUAAACUAGAGCAACAACAUAAAAUACAUACAAUUAAACUCUUUUAGACGAAAAAUUGUUUUGCUACAUUUGAAAAGGCGCAUUUGCACUAUACUUUUAUAUGUUGGUAUGCGGACGUUAAUUGCGAAGAUGGCAACAUUAAACUGGAGCAUGUGUAAUAUUUUGUAAUUUAAAUAGCGAUUGUAUUCGGCACACAAGUAUCUUCAGUCAACAAAUAUGUACUCGUUAUGCGUCCGUUUCAACGGCAGUUCGAUGAUCAUUUAAUUUAUUUAUAUCUUUAGUUACAGUUUUUUGCAAUUAUAAGACAAUAUGCAAAGAAUCCACUCUACAUAAAUACAAACUUAUACCUAGCAUUUAA